AUGAAGCAAACACGCCGGAAAGCGCUGUAUGAAAACUGGAAAGCUAAUGGUUACGUCUCCCGUUCCUUGAAGUCGGUAGAAGACAAGCCAGAAGCAGAAGAUCGCGGCGCUGAGCGGAAGACAAAAGAAGACGCACGUGACGAAGUCGAUCACCCGACCCUCCGAAAAUGUUUCCAAAAUCUCACGUUCAACAUGAAAGACAGGGCGAUUAAGUGCAGCUACCAUGUGUCGAGGCUGGAUGACGAAUUCGCGCAACUCGUUGAUGAAUACGGCCCGGCGUUUGGCAUCCCCACCUACGUCUACACGUAUCGUCGCAAGGCCGAAAGCAGUGGCGGCGGUCGUCGCAGUGUCCGCGCAAAAGUCAAAGUAGCGAAUGUGAUUGAAUCUGACGAUGAAGAGUCAGAUAUCUCGUCUGAGGACGAUUCAAGCGAAGAUGCUUUUGAUUCAGAAGACGCUGAGGAGGAAGAGGAUGGAAGUGAUGAAGAAGCGGAAGGAUCAGAGGGAUCUGGAUCUGAGGAGGAGGAAGAAGAAGAGGAAGAGGAGGAGAUUGUCGUCAAGAGAAAGAAGCCCGUUCAAGUAAAGGAGCGAUCGAAAUCGCCGGCGCCUAAGAAAGCUAAAAAAGAAGCGUCGCCAGUUAGAGUAAAACCAACGGCAAAGGUUUAUGAAAAAUCAGAAACCGUUCACCUCUACGAGAAGGACCUAUUUUCGGAGUCAAAACUUGCUGCAUUGAUGAAAUAUGCUGAAGAACGGGGGACGGAAAUCGUUGAUGAAGACGGCGCCAAGAAGGCCACACUUAUUGUGGUGCCCGCGCAGUAUUGCAAGAAAGAUGAAGCCGCCAAAAUCAAGAAAGACUUCCCGAAAUCCACGAAUCUGGUCAACGAGAUGUGGCUGACCGAUAUCGACCUCUACGAAGAGUUCACCGACCCGAAGCCGUAUUUCCUA